UCAGUCCAGUCCCGGCAUGCUCCGCGCCCGGCCGCGGUCGAGUGCAGAGAGGCAUCGUCCCGUGAGCGUCCCUCUGUCGCUGCAGCCUCUGUCCAGAGCCGGGUCGGCGACGGUGCCGCCCCCCAGUCGUUCUCCUGCCGCUCGCCCGUCCGUCCGAGCGCCCCCAGCCCUCCCACGAGGGCGCCCCGGGACGGAAGGAACCAGCAGCCUGUCGGCGCCCGCCGUUCUCGUGGUCGCCGUCGCCGUCGUCGUCGUGGUCGUCUCCGCCGUCGCCUGGGCCAUGGCCAAUUACAUCCACGUCCCGCCUGGCUCCCCGGAGGUGCCCAAGUUGGACGUUACGGUUCAGGAUCAGGAGGAGAAGCGCUGCCGGGAGGGCGCCCUUAGCCUCCUGCAGCACCUGCGGCCGCAUUGGGACCCCCGCGAGGUGACCCUGCAGCUCUUCACAGAUGGGAUCACAAAUAAACUCAUUGCUUGUUAUGUGGGUGAUACCAUGGAAGAUGUAGUCCUGGUGCGGAUUUACGGCAAUAAGACCGAGUUGUUAGUGGAUCGAGAUGAAGAAGUAAAGAGUUUUCGAGUGCUGCAGGCUCAUGGCUGUGCACCACAGCUUUACUGCACCUUCAACAAUGGAUUGUGCUAUGAAUUUAUACAGGGAGAAGCACUGGACCCCCAGCAUGUCUGCAACCCGGCCAUUUUCAGACCUGGCAGUCAUCAUCUACUUCCUAGGUACCUCAUGCUAAUAGCCCGUCAGCUUGCUAAAAUCCACGCUAUCCACGCACACAACGGCUGGAUCCCCAAAUCUAAUCUAUGGCUAAAGAUGGGAAAAUAUUUCUCUCUCAUUCCUACAGGAUUUGCAGAUGAAGACCUUAAUAAAAGGUUCCUAAGUGAUAUCCCAAGCUCUCAGAUCCUUCAAGAAGAGAUGACUUGGAUGAAGGAGAUUCUUUCCAACCUGGGUUCACCUGUCGUGCUUUGCCAUAAUGACCUAUUGUGUAAGAAUAUCAUCUACAAUGAGAAACAAGGUGAUGUACAGUUCAUUGAUUAUGAAUAUUCUGGAUACAACUACCUGGCAUAUGAUAUUGGAAAUCAUUUCAAUGAAUUUGCAGGUGUAAGUGAUGUAGACUAUAGUCUCUAUCCAGAUAGAGACCUACAGGGCCAGUGGCUGCGUUCUUACCUUGAAGCCUACAAAGAAUAUAAGGGCUUUGGGUCUGACGUUACUGAAAAGGAGGUAGAAAUACUUUUCAUUCAAGUCAAUCAGUUUGCAUUGGCUUCGCAUUUCUUUUGGGGAUUGUGGGCUUUGAUUCAAGCCAGAUACUCCACUAUUGAAUUUGACUUCCUUGGGUAUGCAAUUGUUCGUUUUAACCAGUACUUUAAAAUGAAGCCCGAGGUUACUGCAUUAAAAGUGCCUGAGUAAAGAAGAGACUUGAUUAUUCCCAAGUGGUUGAGCAGUGCUUGUGGAGUUUUUUCUUAAAUUCCAAAAAGCCAAUAUUUGUUAAAAUUACUAUUUAAUUUGGUUAUCUUGCUUUACAAAUUAUGCCUCUAAACAAGCAAUCUAUUUUUUAAAUAGACUGAAUGAUGUCAAGAAAUACUUACUGCUGUCAGUAUGUGGAGGAUUAGAAAUUUGCAAAGGUAUAAAGAUGUCAGUUUAAGCCUUUCUUUGAUAAUUUAGUCUCUGUUACAUGUGAAUUAUUUAUUGUAAAUUUAACAUAAUUCUGUUUGUUGAGUGUAUGCAAUGAGAAUGUUCUAGAGAAAAAUUUUUGAAGUUUUGUUGAUAAGGUUAAUUUUAGAAAAAAAAAUUCUGGUUGUUCACUGUAACUUUUUUAUCUUGAUUCUCUGUAAGUAAAAUGAAUCAUUUACUCUUAAAAUGCCAGUCACUGGUGUAGAUAAUUUAGGAUGUCAUAUAAAAAUAGCUGUGUAGGAGGGAGAGGUGCAUUCACUGUCUCUGUUGGGGUAGUACAUCUUUUUGAAUUGAAUACUGGAAAUUAUAUCUUUUGGGGGGAAUACAAUGUAGAAUUUGUCUCUUUACAUAGUUUGGAAAUACAAAUAUAUUUACCAUAUAAUUCUGGAAUAAGUAUAAUUACUUACUAUUAACAAAAUCUGUAUUAAAUAGUGUUUUCAAGUGCUAAACAUGGUCAUUUAAGGUACUAGUUUCUGUUUUUAAAUUUUUACCUUACGAAAUUGUUUGUAACCAAAAAUUUUUUCUUAAUCGAAAUACUGUGUUUUUUUUUUGUUUAUUAAAUAAUAGCUGGUAUUGCUAAUUUUUGAGAAACCUGCAAAGUUUAUUAUAUUUGGAAAUCAGAAAAAUAUCAUUUAGAUUAAUUCUUUUUUAUCUAUUCAUAUUCAUUCCUUACAUUUCAGUUUUAUGUUUUACUAUGGUUCUGUGUCUUUAGAGUAAUAGCAAAAGAUUACUUGGCACAUGUAAUUUCAGAGUAAUAUGUUGAGGCAUUUAGUAAAAGACUCAGAUAAGGAGGGAUUAGGACAUUGAUCUUGUACACUUAAAGUCUGACAAGUAAGAAUGUGAAUUAAGCAGAAACACCCAUAGUAUGAGGGGCUUCUGUUUUCAUUUAUCUUCUUUUUGUUUAAGUAUAUUUUUUAUACUUAGGGAUGUUUAGGGAUGAGAGAGAGGCAGCUGUUAUAUGGAAGUCAAUUUGGGGUGGAAAGGCUUCAGGUUUUGAACAUUACUGUGGAGUUGAGCAGUUAUGGUUAACUUUUCUUAGAAAAUUAGUCUGACAAGCUUUGUCCUUUGGUCACAGAAGUGCUCAUGUACAAAGUUGGCUUAAUGCUUAUUCAUAUUUCAAAUCUGCAACUACAAAUUUAUCCUCUGAGAAAUUGUCUGGUGAGUCUGAUGUAUUGUAAAUGAUUUACAUUCUCUAGACAAGUGCUUUAAAAUAUGUGGACUGUCUCAUGAUAUUUAAAGCUAAUUAAGUAGAAACACUUAA